AAAUACAUUCAAAAAAAAUAAAUGUAAAGUUGUGUAUUUUUAAAAAUCAAAUAGUCACUAAGCUACAUAAAUAUGUAAAAUGUCUUAUUUUAACAAAUCCUGAAAAUGUUGAUGAAUUCAUUAAAAUAGUAUACUCCGUUUUGGAGUAUUGAGGUGGCUGGAUGAAAGGAGCUUUGAAAAUAUCUACAUAUAAAAAAGUCGUCUCGUCUUCGGCUCUAUUUGGUACAAAUAAAAAAGAUGAACCCUUCGUCUCUAUUUGGAACAAGUUUGGUGCCUGAUGUUUUCGUUGCUGGAGAUGAAAAUGGUGAAAUUUAGAGUGGCACUAAGGUCGCAAUUUGAAAAAGUAUUCAAUAACGUUUCCAAAAAGCAAAACAAAUUGUUAGGAGGUAAUUUCCAUCGAUGACAAAAAUUGGCAUGUAUGUUUUCUGUGUGUGUUCAAGCCAGAUGCAAUUCGAUGGGGUGAACCUCACAUGGCCGCUGUUGAAUUAAAAACUUCAACUCCCAGGAUGCAGGGCGUCUUGGUCACUCUUGUUGGCCGCGAGGUGGUGACAUUGGUCCUUCCUAAACUCGCAAAGUUCCUGAUAUGCCAUUGGCUGGCCUUUUCCGCCACCUUGGAGACAUCUCUGACUGCCUGCCGAUGGGCCUUCCCUCGGACUCCCAUCUCUCUGAGUAGCCUGGAUGUUGAGGAGGCUAUAAACCCUCUGCAGCCUACUUCCACCUGGGAUACCUCUGCUCUCCAGCCCUGCUGUUGCACUGCGGCCGCAAGUCCUACAUACCUCAGCCGCUUUCGCUCAUACGCUUCCUCGAACUGCCCCCUCUCAGUGAGCUCGAUGAUGCAGACGAGCUUGAGAGGGGCAGACCAAAGCACUAGAUCUGGUUGUAAGCUGGUACAUAAUUGCAAUCUCAGAUGGAAUGCAGAGCUUCUUGUCCAGGUCUGCCAGCACCUUCCAGUCUCGUGCACCACCUAGCUGUCCAAUGUCUGCUGGCUUGUUGGUGUGGCCAGUUUGACUCUCCCACUCCCGAACAAACAGCCUUGGUUGCCAGUUGGCUGACAAGGAUGGAAGGGCGUUUACCCCCAUCCGAUGGUUCUCCAGAACACCAGCGAGACACUUCAGCACUUGGUUGUGCCGCCAGGUAUAACGGCCUUGACUAAGGCUGGUCUUGCAACCAACCAGGAUGUGCUUCAGUGUUGCAGGACUUGGGUAUAACAGGCACUUGGGAUCUUUGGCAUAGCACCGGUUUAGGAUCAUGGGAGAAGGCAAGACAUCAUAUACAGCUCUGAUGAGUUGCUUGGGGGAGGUACUAGAACACAUAAAUGAGGCGUACUGUACAACUGAAAGACUUAGACAGAGCCCUGUCUGAGCGCCAGGUUCUGGAUGGACACCGAGUACCUAUCCGAGCUCUGCUUUCCACAGCUGGGCAACCUCUCCUGCAAGAAGCCAUCGUCUGGUUCAUCCGAAGGUGUUCUUUUCAAUGUUCUGCCGCCCAUCGUCUACGUCCUCACUGUGCUGCUCAACCUGGUCGUCAUCAUCUCAAUCUCCCACUUCAGACAGCUCCACACUCCCACCAACUUCCUCCUCCUCUCUCUUGCCGUCGCAGACUUGUUGGUGGGACUCCUGUUGAUACAAGGAUGCUUCUUUGGUAUAUCAAGCUGCUGGGUUCUCGGGGACAUUCUGUGUAUCCUGUAUAGUAUAAUGACGUUCAUAGUGACGGCUGCUUCAAUAGGCAACAUGGUUCUGAUAUCAGCUGACCGCUAUGUGGCAAUUUGUGACCCUCUGCAUUAUCACAUCAAAGUCACUGUGAAAAGAAUUCGAAUCGCUGUUUGUCUUUGUUGGUUGUUAUCUCUUUUCUACUGUUGCAUGAUUUUCCGUGACCAGCUGGUGCAACCAGGGAAGUACAACUCUUGCUAUGGAGAGUGCGUUGUCCCUAUUCAGUACGAUGUAGGACUUUUUGACCUGAUUGUGACUUUCAUUCUUCCACUGAGCAUCAUCAUUACUCUGUACACGAGAGUGUUUGUGGUUGCUGUGUCUCAGGCCCGAGCUGAGCGCUCUCGCGUUAAAUGUGUCAAAGUGCAACAUUCUGUUCGUUUAAGAGCAAAGAAAUCCGAAUUGAAGGCAGCCAGGGCGCUCGGUAUCCUCAUUCUUUUCUUCCUCGUGUGUUUCUGUCCAUACUACAUUGCCUCUAUAGUUACUGACAGCAAAUUUAUGACUCCACUUAACGUUUCUGUUCUUUACUUAUAUUCUUUCAACUCAUGUGUGAACCCCCUGAUAUACGCCCUGUUCUACCCGUGGUUCAGAAGAGCCGUUCGACAAAUUGUCAAUCUGCAGAUUUUGCAGCCUGGCUCCUGUGAGGCCAGCGUGCUGUAGACUCACGCUCAAAUCUGCUUCUUUUUCCCGAGUGUGUUUGCGUAUGAGCGACACAAACCUCAUUGUGAAUGUUAGGAGAACUGUUAGUGUCUAUUUUGUCAUUGUGUUACAUCGCUACUGCUUUAUUGUUACUUACAUAAGCUUUCGGAGCGUUAUUGACUGCCCGUCUUACAAUAUGACAAUAGUCAGUGUCUUUUGGUUUGGCUUGUCAAUAUGUCAAUAAACUGUGGACUCAUAUGCACAUAA